GAAGUCUUCUCCUCCUGGCUUUCCAUCACGGUUUGCAGAUGGGUAAUCUUCAUCUGUCUGGAGAAACCGGAGGAAACUCUGACGGCAGCUCUGGAGUAACUCUGGGAGAAAUCAGGAGAUAUUCAGAGGACAUGACAGAGGAGUGACCCUGCAUUACAACGACCCCCAGCUGAGCCGCUGCCCUUCAUUGAUGCGACCAGACAAGUUGGAGUGACUUCCAUUCCAGUGGAUCCGUUGGACGAUGGCCGCCGCAGCAGAGGACCCCCACCUGGGCUCAGGACCGGAUGACGACGGCGACGCACCAGGACUGGACUCGGACUCUGACAGCAUCCUGUCCGAUGACUCUGUGCUCCCUGACAGCUCAGUGGAGGCAGCAAACAGCGGCUCGGCCAACACUGUCUACGAGGCGUGCCUCCGCAACGACUCGGCCGCUCUGAAGAAAGUUCUGGAGAGAGGGGUCACCAGGGAGGAGGUGAUGGAGCUGGACGUUAACGGAUGGAACGGCCUCAUGGUGGCUUGCUGCAAGGGUUUCCUUGACAUUGUGCAUGGGCUUCACACCUGUCCCUUCAUAGACAUAAAUCAUCAGGAUAAUGAAGGCAACACGGCACUAAUGAUUGCAUCUCAAGGAGGUCAUAUAUUCACAGUGAUGUAUCUCCUAAACUACUACCCAGGAGUUGACACUGAAAUAAGGGACUGCAGAGGAUUCACAGCCCUCAUCAAAUCUGCUAUGACCGGCCGCUGUGACGUCGUAGCUGCCCUUGUUAUGGCCGGGGCUGACGUGAACGCAGUGGACUCCUUCCGGGGAAGGUGCGCUCGCGACUGGGCCCUGAAGACAGGUCGCUAUGAGACCUUCCACCGUCUCCGCCGCCUCACCAUGCGGCCGAGAGCCGAGCAGUUCUGCGAGAGCUACGUCCCAGAGUGGCCCGACCUCGUGGGCAGAGUGACCAGGGCCACGUCUCAGAAGACGUCUGCAGAGAAGAUCACACUGCGCCUCAAAAGCACGUUUGGAUUCAGCUUUCCUCGUGACCCCCAGGAGAACGGGGUGAUGGACCACAUGGUGCGCAUGACCACCAGCAUCCACAGCCCGCUGGUUGUAACCGGGUGCCACCCUCUGCUGCCCACCAGCCCACCCGAGCUGGGGAAGAGACGGCUGGCGGUGGCGGAGCUGGUGAAGAAACAUCCACAUAAGGAUCUGGAAGGCAGCUCGGUGUGCCACAGCAACGGCUCGGUGUCGCACAUCACGCCCUGCAUCCACUCUGCAGAGACAGUGGCCUCGGUGUGCUGCCCCGACACCGAGCGCAGAGGCAGCAUCCUGUCGGUGGCCUCCAACAAGGUGGCCACCGCCUUCAUCCCUCGAAGCAUGGCGAGACGCAACAGCGUGUUCCCAUCCGGGUGCAUCCCUCAGAUCAACGUGAACAAGCCUUCAGACCAAACGCCAAAGAAGGAGAAGAAGAAGAAGAAGAAAGACAAGGGCUACCUGGAGCCACCCAAGUGGAGAUACAAGGAGCUUAAGGACGAGAAGAAGAAGGAGAAGAAAAACGCCGAGAAAGACAAGGAAGGAAAAGGAAACAAAAAGGAUAAAGAGAGUAGGAAGACAAAAAAUUGAUGGUGGAAACAAAUAACUCCAAGGCACUCUCCUCUGGAUACUAACAACAAUUCAUAAUUCACGCCAAAACAUGUCUGAAUUUGAUCUUUUAGACCAUUUCAUGCUGCUAAAAGCAUUCUAGUGAAUGUUUUACUUUAUUUGCCUGGGAGUUUGGGGACGUUCAACUUCAAGCCCAUCUGAAGAAAAACAUGUCAAAUCAGCCCAGGCAGCAUUUCUUCCACACAGACAUCAGAAAUGUUUUGGCAAGAUUUCGCUUAACCUGAAGCUCUAAAAGUCACAAAAAUACCUCAUAUGUGCAAAAUAUUUAUUUUAUAUCAUAUUGUAAACAGUGUAGCACUAUUUGAACAUUGUUGGUAUCAGUAAAAGCCUCAGAGAUGCUCUUUUAUAAGAUGUGCAUAUAAAACCCAUAUUGAAUCAUUUAUUGACAGAUAUAGUGCCUACAUCAUCACCCAUUCAAUAAACCCAGUAAGUCACAGAUCAGGCGUUUGUCUGUUUGCUGAUAUUUACAAUUUAGGCUCUACAAGUGAAGCUAAGUUACUGCAGCUCAUUAUUGUUGCUGCGCAGCAAAAAGAGCAAUCACAGGUUGACCUUAAUAAAAACCACAAAAUUCAGAUUUUAUUAGAAUAGUAUCUGAUAGACCAGCACAAAGAGAUUAAAACACAUGAAAUGGGAGAAAAAGAACAUAAUUUUCACACUUCUGAGCAAGUGACAUCUGAAAAGUGUGGCAUGAAUUUGUUUUAGACCGAGAGGCUUAAAUGAAAUGUUGCCUCCAGGGUGUCUGAAGAAUGAGAUGAUUAAAGCAUAUUUAUCUGUCAGAGAGAUGGGAUAUUAAACUAAGAAUUAACUCUGAAUAAUAACAAUAAUAAUAAUUUGUAUUUCUAAAAUAAUAAUAAAAAAAUUCCACCUCUUUGUAAGUGCAGUUUGAUCGACUUUUAUCACAUAAAUCCCCAUUAAAAUUUGUGGUUGUAAUGUAAUAAAAUGCAGAAAGGUUCAAAGGCCAUGAAUACCAGUUUAUGCAAAAUAAUCACUUUAUUUUCUUGCUAUUAAUAUUUAUUAUUUUGCAGCCUGUGUGGUUGAGAACGAAUGUAACGGAGAGUAAAUUUAAAUCCUCCCGUCUUCCGCUGUUUUCUAAUAUUGCCAACAAUUAAUCAAUAAGAUAUGAACAGUUCUCAGUCUAUAGGAUGGUUUUAAAUAAAUUUAGAGUUGCAGAGGUUUGUGUGAUAUUUCUUAGUAUUUAAAUAUAUUUUGAAUGCAUAAAUGAUUGUGCAAAGUGGAACAAAAGACUUGAAUUCAUUUAAGAUUUGUGAAUGUAGU